GAGAGAGGGAGAGAGAGGCGGUGUCAAAGCCAAUUGUUGCUGAUCUAGGCGGUGAUUCGACCACACUGUUUGUCCUCUCCAAGGCUUUCCCCCUCUCUGCUUUGCGAACAAUAACCUUUCCAUUUUCUGCAUCUCAUAGCCUACUCUUUCCUCCAUCUGGGAUUUUGUCUACCUUUCUUUUCAACGUUUGGCAGAUGUGGACAUGGAUCGUAUCGGGGUUUAUUAAGAUGUCGUUGACGGGGUCUCUCUCGAAUAUGAGUUUCCCCGCAAGAGCUCUCACUUUGGCGGAGCAACUUUCCCGUGCACCUCGGCGCUCAGCCUGGUGACCACUUUCCCUCUUCAUUCACUGAAAGGGGAAGUUUAAACACACACCGGCGGAUUUGGUCUCGCAUUCAAUAGCCUACACACGGUUUUAUAACAAACUAAAAGGAUUAAAUUAAAAUGCAGAAGAGUGUCAGGUUUAAUGAGGGACACGCUCUGUACCUCUCAGUCGUUGCGCGUAAGGAGGGUACCAAGCGCGGUUAUUUGAGCAAGAAGACCACGGAGAACAGCAGGUGGCACGAGAAGUUCUUUGCGCUGUACCAAAACGUGUUUUUUUACUUUGAAAACGAGCAGAGUGUACGCCCCGCCGGGAUUUACCUCUUGGAGGGCUGCACCUGCGAGAGCGUGCCUGUUCCGAAGGUCUCCACUGCGGGAAAGGAGACCCUCGACAAACAGCACUACUUCCUGAUCGUGUUUGGCCAUGAUGGACAGAAGCCUCUGGAGCUACGGACUGAGGAGGAGAAUGAAUGUGAUGAAUGGGUGGAGGCCAUCCAACAGGCCAGCUACUCUGACAUCAUCAUCGAGCGUGAGGUCUUGAUGCAAAAGUACAUCCACCUGGUCCAGAUUGUGGAGACAGAGAAGGUGGCAGCCAACCAACUACGUACUCAAUUGGAGGAUCAGGAUACAGAGAUAGAGAGGCUCAAAGGAGAGAUCGUUGCCCUGAACAAAACCAAUGAGAGAAUGUGGCCUUACCAUGUAAACCAAGAGGAUGAAGACCCAGACAUAAAAAAGAUUAAGAAGGUGCAAAGCUUUAUGCGUGGCUGGCUGUGCCGUAGGAAGUGGAAGCUGAUAGUUCAGGACUACAUCUGUUCUCCCCAUGCUGAGAGCAUGAGGAAGAGGAACCAGAUCGUCUUUAACAUGGUGGAGGCCGAGACAGAGUAUGUCCACCAGCUGUCUAUCCUGGUUAACUGUUUCCUGAGACCUCUCCGCAUGGCCGCCAGCUCCAAGAAACCUCCAAUCAGUCACGAUGAUGUCAGCAGUGUGUUCCUCAACAGUGAGACCAUCAUGUUUCUACAUGAGAUAUUCCACCAAGGUCUCAAAGCCCGGAUAGCGAACUGGCCUACACUGGUAUUGGCGGACCUGUUUGACAUCCUGCUGCCUAUGCUGAACAUCUACCAGGAGUUUGUGAGGAACCACCAGUACAGCCUGCAAGUGCUGGCCAACUGCAAGCAGAACCGAGACUUCGAUAAGCUGCUGAAGCAGUAUGAGGCUAAUGCUGCCUGUGAGGGCAGGAUGCUGGAGACCUUCCUCACAUACCCCAUGUUCCAGAUUCCUCGUUACAUCAUCACUCUGCAUGAGCUGCUGGCGCACACUCCGCACGAACACGUAGAGCGCAAGAGCCUGGAGUUCGCCAAGUCCAAACUAGAGGAGCUGUCAAGGGUGAUGCAUGAUGAGGUGAGUGAUACAGAGAACAUCCGUAAGAACCUGGCCAUCGAGAGGAUGAUUGUAGAGGGAUGUGAUAUACUACUGGACACCAGUCAGACCUUCGUCAGACAGGGUUCUCUGAUUCAGCUGCCGUCGGUGGAGAGGGGUAAGCUCAGUAAGGUGCGUCUGGGCUCUCUGUCUCUGAAGAAGGAAGCAGAGAGACAGUGCUUCCUGUUUACAAAACACUUUCUGAUCUGCACACGCAGCUCAGGAGGCAAGCUGCACCUGCUCAAGCAAGGUGGAGUCCUAUCUCUGAUAGAAUGUACCCUCAUAGAAGAAACAGAGACCAGCGACGACGACUCGAAGUCCAGUGGUGGUCAGGUAUUCGGUCAGUUGGACUUUAAGCUGAUCAUCGAGCCGUCUGACUCACCCUCCUUCACUGUAGUCUUGUUGGCUCCCUCACGACAGGAGAAAGCUGCCUGGACCAGUGACAUCAGCCAGUGUAUCGAUAAUAUCCGCUGUAAUGGUUUGAUGACUAGUGUAUUCGAGGAGAACUCCAAAGUCACCGUGCCUCACAUGAUCAAAUCUGAUAUGCGCCUCCAUAAAGAUGAUGUUGACAUUUGCUUCAGCAAGACACUCAACUCCUGCAAGGUCCCACAGAUUCGCUACGCCAGCGUCGAGCGGCUGCUGGAAAGGCUGACGGACUUGCGCUUCCUCUCCAUCGACUUCCUCAACACCUUCCUCCACACCUACCGUAUCUUCACUACUGCUGCCGUGGUCAUGGAUAAACUGGCUGACAUCUACAAGAAACCUUUCACCUCUAUACCUGUCAGGGUACAGUACCACUCAUUUGACCGCCUGUCCAUCACGUCCAUCUGUCCUGACUACAGCCUGAAGAUCAGGAAGAUAGCCCUGGAUCAGUCCAAGUCUUUGGAAUUGUUCUUUGCCACCAACCAGAACAACCGAAGUGGUGAUCACACCAAUGACAAGUCCCCCCGUCUCUGCCGCAAGUUCUCCGGUCCUCUCUCCAUCUCCUCCCGCACCUCCUCUCCUGUCCGCACACGCAAACUCUCUCUGCAUUCCCCCAUCAGUGCCAGGGUGGGGGGGCUGGACCUUACUAAUAUUAACUCUAUCCCCUCCUCCUUCUCUCAGUCCGCUGUCAGUAGUCCAUCCUCAGCCCAAACCCCUACAUUCCCUACCCCCUCCCCCCAGACCCCCACUACCACCUCCCCCCCUCCCACCUCCUCCUCGUCCCCUCCAGGUGGCAACAAGAGCCCCCAAGACCAGGCCCCCCUCCCCCCCUGUCUACCUCUGUCCUACCCCGAACAGAGUCCCUCCCCCACUGCAGAAGGGCAGGAGCUGCCUCGUGUUGACGCCUUCUGUGGAAAAAUGAGACGCAGCAUCCGCAGAGCUGUCUUGGAGUCUGUCUCAAUGGACAAGUUCAUCCCUGAGUCGCCUCAGAACAGCGAAUCAGGAGAGGUCUCUCCCUGCCGCUCCCCCUCCACCCCACGACACUUCCGCUACAGGCAGCCUGGAGUUCAAUCAGGGGAGAACUCUCGUUGUUCUGUUUCUCCUGCCUCAGCCUUUGCUAUUGCUACAGCUGCAGCAGGACAUGGCUCUCCCCCAGUGUUUAAUAACUCAGAGAGGACAUGUGAUAAGGAGUUUAUCAUCAGAAGAGCUGCUACUAACAGAGUCCUCAACGUACUUCGACACUGGGUCUCAAAACACUCCCAGGACUUUGAGAUGAACAGUGAGUUGAAGAUGGGAGUGAUCUGUCUACUAGAGGAGAUACUCAGAGAUCCAGACCUAUUGCCACAGGAGAGAAAAGCUACUGCUAAUAUACUAAGUACCCUUUCUCUGGAUGAGCAGGAAGCAGAUGCCCAGCUGAGAAUAGAAGACAUCCUUCAGAUGGUGGAGUGUCCUAGGUCAGAGUGUUUUGAGUCUCUGUCUGCCAUGGAGCUGGCUGAACAGAUCACACUACUGGACCACAUCGUCUUCAGGAGUAUCCCCUAUGAGGAGUUCCUGGGGCAGGGCUGGAUGAAGGUGGAUAAGUCUGAGAGGACUCCCUACAUCAUGAAGACCAGCCAGCACUUCAAUGAUAUGAGUAACCUGGUGGCGUCUCAAAUCAUGACCCAUACUGACGUGGGCUCCAGGGCCAACUCUAUUGAAAAAUGGGUGGCUGUGGCCGACAUCUGCCGCUGCCUCAACAACUACAAUGGAGUCUUAGAGAUCACCUCAGCUCUGAACCGCAGCGCCAUCUACAGGUUGAAGAAGACAUGGGCCAAAGUCUGCAAACAGACUAAAGCCCUGAUGGACAAGCUGCAGAAGACUGUGUCGUCUGAAGGGAGAUUCAAAAACCUGAGGGAAACCCUGAAAAAUUGUAACCCUCCCAGUGUGCCCUACCUGGGUAUGUACCUGACUGACCUAGCCUUUAUCGAGGAAGGAACACCUAACUUCACUGAGGAGGGCUUGGUCAACUUCUCCAAGAUGAGGAUGAUCUCCCACAUCAUCCGAGAGAUCCGCCAGUUCCAGCAGACACCCUACAGGAUAGAACACCAGCCUAAGGUGACUCAGUACCUGUUGGACAAGACUCUGAUCAUGGAUGAGGACACUCUCUAUGACCUCUCUCUUAAGAUAGAGCCCCGCCUACCGGCCUGAGGGACAGUCACUGCGAGCAACGGGACCCUGGCAACCCUGUCCCUCUAUGUGGGCAACACGCCUGCAUACCUGGGAUAAUGAACGACAAAGAGAGAGUGGAUUAUUGAAGAGACAGAGAGAAAAAGAGAGCGAGAGAGAGAGAGAGAAUUGAGAAGGAACGUAGGGAGAAAAUCCUUGUUGUUUUUAGACGAUGAUGGGGUGAUCUUUUGAAUGUGUUUUCUGCGAGGAAGGGUAAACAGGAAGUGAGGUGUCAUUGUGUGACCUCAUCAUCCCUCUCCCAGGGCGUGACAUCAUUGACGUGAAACAUGGUUCUUCUGCCAGCAGAUCAUAUCAGAGUUGGUGGAGAUUGUUCAAUCUUUGGGAAAAUCUCAAAUGGCACCCUGUUCCCCAUGUAGGACUGCACUACUUAGGGAAUAGGUUGCCAUUGAGACACUUUUUUGUCUUUGAAAUUUUUAAAAGGUGUAUCGUAAGGAGAUGAAAUGUAGCAUGUAUAGCUCUAAGAGUCUGGACUUGUGUAUGUUACGCUGUGCUGCUUUACUGUGCCAUGUCCUUGAGCUGAAGCACCCAUGCUUUCACACCAAAUGGUGAUCACUUGACUUUGCAUGAUCCUAACUGGGGUUUUAGUGUUUAUUUGGCCUUGGUCCUGACCCCUGCAUGUUAACAUGCUUCACUCUCUUUGGUCUCUGAAGACUACACAACCACUAUGCAUCCCCAUCCACCAAUCAUAAAUCACUUUAUUAGGAGGGUCGGACGGAAUCUAUGAGGGUAGAGUUUCAAACACACCUGCCGGAAUUAACUCAUACAUUACUACUACUACACAUACUAAAUGUAACGAUACUGGUAAAUAGAAAAUCCUUUUAAGAUUCAGUCUGACUGUGGUAAUGAGAAACUAAGUGCUUCAAAAUGAAUUUUGAUUUAGAAACUGGGCGGCAGAUACUGUAGCCAACUGGGUGGCAGGUAGCCUAGCGGUUAGUGCUUUGUGCCAGUAACUGAAAGGUCGCUUGUUAGAAUACCUUAGCCAACAAUCUGUUGAUGUUCCCUUGAGCAAGACACUUAACCCUAAUUUGCUCCAGGGGUGCCGUACUACUAUGGCUGACCUUGUAAAACAACACAUUUCACUGCACCGAACAGGUGUAUGUGACAAUAAAGUAAAUAAAUAAAAAAAGCUUCAUUUGUAAUAGUUUACCAUUUAUGUGCAUCGUGUUGUUGAAAUUGCUCUUCAUAAAUACUGAAAUAUUAAUCUACAAACUGGUGACCGGUAUCUGAAAGAAUACAGUACAAUCUGGUACUCCACAUUCAGGCAAACGUUUUGAUGUCUAAUAUCUUGUAAGCUCCACUAAUUCUGUGGUUUGUCCAUUUGAAUGAUGAGAAUUAGACGCUUCAAAUGUGCCUUUAUUAUAGAUUUUUUUUCUGUAGGUAGAUUCUCAGUCCUCUAAAUAUUCUAACAACAAUACCAAUCAAUUCAGAUGAACAAGUAAUAUUUCCCCCUCUUAAAAUAUUUUGCUGUCAAGUUAGCAAAUUUCCAUCUGUGGCAUUCUUUGGUGAAGAUUGUAGAUCCCUAAUAAUAAUGUAUCUGCUCAUUCAGAUGGUAUGGAAUCAUUGGGUAAAUACAGUGCCUUGCGAAAGUAUUCGGCCCCCUUGAACUUUGCGACCUUUUGCCACAUUUCAGGCU